UUUCUCAUUUUGUUCAUGUAUCUUUUUCCUGACUUUGUUCAGCUAUCAAUCUUCAUUUUUUUUGACUCACUAAGCUACUUUAAGAUAACUAUUUUUAAUUAUUUGUCAGUCAAUUCACAGAUUUCCAUUUCUUUCAGGUUGGUUAUUGGAGAUUUGUUUUCUUCCUUGCCUUGUGUUAUGUUUUCUUUAUUGUUGAUAUUCUUUGUAGGUUUGCUUUGUAAUUUCAGCAUCUGAAGAAACAACUAUCUCUCUCAGUCUUUAUGGACCAAUUUUGACUGGGAGAUACCUUCACCAGUCAGCAGUGCUUCAUAUAAAGCAAAAUAGAGACCAGCCCCUCAGGGAGCAUACUCUAAAGCUAGAAUGAGGUCCCUUUCACUUCCUUUGGGCCUUUCUGGAAGAAAUUCUUGCUUCUGCGUUUUCCUCCAGUCAGUCAGUGCAGUGUCAUCUCUAAAGGGAUGCCUGUCCCUUUUCUUUGUUGCUAACUGUUUCAGGGGACUGAAUAUGGUUGGUUGUUCAGGGAUCACUAUGGGAUGAAAAGGAAAUGGAACUCCACAGAGGGUUCUCUAAAAUGCUGGAGAUGAGGUUCACAUCAUUUCCUUCUCUCCUUCAUGAGUGAAAAGCUUUACUUUUGCACAUAUUCCAAACCUUGCAAAGUAGCACCAGCUGUAGGGAGUCACUUUCCCUUUCCUUUGUCCCUAACUGACCCAGGAGAGGAAUCUCUGGGUCAGCUCUGUAUAAGGGAAGACCAAAAUCAGUUCCAAAGCGGUUCUCUGGCUGGUUAUGCCAGGAGAGCAUCUGGCCACACACUCAAAUCUCACUUUUUGCCCCAUAUGAGAAAUCAUGGGCUGAAGCUGUCUUUUCAGUAUUGAGCUAAACUGGUUUGAAGGAGGUAAUGACAUAACAUAGUGAUGUUGCUCUUCUUACCCAUAUAAAUGCAUCUGCUCUUGGUAUGUCUCUUCUAAAGUACUUCUUCUUAGCUAGAAUCUGAAUUUCUUUUCAGGAUAUUUUAGUUUCAACAUCAUUAUUGUAUAUGUAUUUCUGUGACAGAAUUAGAAGUAGAGUUUGUACUGCUCCAUAAUCCUAAUGUCAUCCCUAUUGUUUGUAAGAACUAAAUUUUACCUGAAAAAAUAUGCCAAUAACAAGCCAAUAGGCACAAUAUUGAGAUGUGCAACCUCCAUUGCUUGACAUUUCUGGCACACCCAUGGUCUAUAGCCAUUUAGUGAAAUUCACUUGUUAAUUUAGGCUUCAACUUUCUGGGUUAGGUUAGAAUAUAUCAGAUAAUUCGAGCUGAAUAGUGCUUCUUAUUUUAGACAAAAGAAAAUAUAUCUUGUUCUAAAUGAAAAUAUAUCAUUUUCAGUGGCAGAUCUUUACAACCACUCUUCCAAAGGCUUAUUAAUAUUGAACUUCGGUAAGUUUCUUAAUUUAUUGGAGCCUCAGUUUUAUCAUCUGCAAAAUGAGGUAACUGAACAUGGUCUCUAGUUACUACUUUCAGCUCUAAAUUGUAUGACCUCAUUUUUCAGUUCACUUCAACAAAUAUUAAUGAAUGGAAUACUUACUAAGUGCAAACCAAGGAGGUAGAACCUGAAAGGAUAUAGAAGUGCAUAAUGUAAUCUUUUCAUGCAAAUAGCUAAUAAUUUGAUACAUUCAAGACUGACAUAGGUAUUCCCCAAAACAUCCUAGCUCCUUAUGUUUGAUGUAUCAUUUAGGAAUGAGAGCAUAUGAUUUAUUCCUAAAGGGGAGGAAAUUCACUCCUUUGUUAGUGUUUCUUAUAUCUAGGUUUGAAGAACAAAACAUGGUGCCUGAACUAUCAUUUUUAUAAUAUUGUUCAUAUGUAUCUUACCUUCAUUGCUAAUAAUUUAAAUUAUCCUAGAACCAUUAAUCUCACUCAUCCCAAAAGUAACCCCGUACAGCUAGGAAAGGAUAACUUUCUUUAUGUAGUCAUUCCUCAGAAAUCUUGAUCCUGAAUUUCUUGGAGUUAGAUGAUGUUCCAGAGAGUGAGAACAGGUGAAAAUCUAGGAACCAUACCUCCAAGAUUGCAUAGCCAGCUUCCUUUGUGUAUUAUUUCUUUUAGCAAGUUCUAUAGAUCUGAUUGCUAGAGCAUCUUUCACAGUUGAUCCUUUCUUAUCCCCUGUCCAAACAGCAGCCUACCCAUUGAUGAUUUCAAUAGGAAAAAAAAGAGAGAGAGGAAGAAUGAAAUGUUUGUAACAACAGAUGUGCUUAUGCAACCAGUGAUAAAAUGAUGUCAUGUUUCAGUCUUUGGUUUAUAUUAAGGUUAGAGCUGAAAAAAAAUUUAUGUACUCCUUUAUCAGUCUAAUCUAUAAAUAUUUGACCAUAGACCUAGCAACUGUAAUAAACCUGCUCUUUUGCUAGGUGAGAACAUCAUUUUAAAUAUGCCAACAUGGAAACUGCAUCAAUUCUCAAUAUCACUAGAAUUUUCUUAGCCUGUUUUUGAAAAGCAUCAGAAAGAGAACAAAUGUAGUUCUUUUUACAAAUUUUGAAAGAAGAUCCCUACAAAUCAGAUAUUAUGUUUUAUUCUUUAUCUAAAUCUUCCUGGGUAGUAAAGAAGUCAUAUUUGUAUUUGGUCUUGUGGUUUCCUUAGUCAAAAAAUUUGCAUCUAAAGCCUAGGAAAAUGUUCUGCCCGCACAGUUGAAUGUUUAAACAGGUGUGUGCCUCAUUGGCCUGGCUCAGGAAAGGUAGUCUUCUCCUUUGAAAACUUCGACAUUAAGAGAAUGCUUCUUGUGCCAACUUUCAGGAGUGCUUACGAAGGAAAUGUCAGGUGAUGCUUAAGUCUUUUUACCUGGUUACCAAACCACUUGCUUCCCUCCUCUCUGUGUUCUCAUGAAGAAAUUGAUUUAAUAGGUUCAAGAUAUUAUUAAAUACAUUCUGCAUUAAUAUUAUAUGUCCUCUUUGAAUCCAAGUGGCAAUACAAUAGAAUUUCAUUUUAUAAAUAACACCUUUCAAGCUAACACCACAGGGCACAGUACAAAAGAAUCAAAAUAGAACACAAAUGCUGUAAUCAAAUGCAGACCCCAGGAAGGCUGAUUAAAAAGGCAUGUUGCUAGUAAGAGCAGCCGACAGGGUAAGUAUAAUGGGUCAUUGCAGAAAAGCCAGCUGAACAGAAGGGUGAACUAAAAUAAAAUGGACUUGCCUGCCUGGUUCACAGGGAUUUAUGACUCUCCUUUGUCAUCUUCUCCUUUAGGACUCAGCAACUGAAGGGAAGAGGCAUGUGUAUGUGUUGGAGGGAGGGAUCAAAUGUAGGGUCCUUAAAUUUGUAAUCAGUACUCACAUGAAGCACAAACAAAAGAAAAUCCUAAGGACAACCACCUGCAGCUGGCAGAGGAGCCUACAAUAAGAUCUCGAGAUGAACCAGGGAAUAUCACUAGUUUUCAGAAAGCACAAUUGUGUGGAACAAGAAGAUCCAUUCUAAAUGGUGAGGCCAAGCCUAGGUGCAGAUGGAUAGAUGGGUAAGACAGGUGUUUUAAUGAUCUGAGCCUCACCAUGGUGUACUAUUCUCUACCAACUAGUUUUUAUGCUCUCAGCCUCUCACAACCACCAUCCUUGUCUAAUUUCAGGGCUUUGUGUUUUUAUUUUAUUUUUUAAAUAUCAAUUUUUAAACUCUUUCAUUUUAGUUAUACAUGACAGUAGAAUGUAUUUUGACAUAUCAUACAUACAUGGAGUAUAAUUUCUUAUUCUUGUGGUUGUAUAUGAUGUGGAGUUACACUGGUUGUGUAUUCAUAUAUGAACAUAGGAAAGUUAUGUCUAAUUUGUUCUACUGUCUUUCCCAUUCCAAUCCCCGCUCCUUUCCCCUCACUGCCCCCUGUUCAGUCCAGUGAACCUACACUCCUCCUACCUGGCAUAUUGUAAGCCAGCAUUAUUGUCUCCAGUUCCAUCCAUUUAUUGGCAAAUGCCAUAAUCUCAUUCUUCUUUAUGGCUGAGUAAUAUUCCAUUAUGUGUGUGUGUGUGUGUGUGUGUGCGUGCACGCACAUAUGUGUAUGAUAUGUAUACACAUCUAUUCUGGUGCCAAAGCAGCUAAAACUCAGGUAAUAUCACCAGUGCUAUAGUAUCAUUCAUAUAUAUCACAUUUUCUUCAUCCAUUAAUUUAUUGAAGGGCACCUAGGUUGGUUCCAUAGUUCAGCUAUUGUGAAUUGAUCUGCUAUGAACAUUGAUGUGACCAUAUAAUAUACUGAUUUUAAGUUCUUUGGGUAUGUGCCUAGGACUAGGAUAAUUGGGUCAAAUGGUGUUCUAUUCCAAGUUUUCUUAGGGAUCUCCAUACUGCUUUCCAGAGUGGUUGCACCAAUUUGCAAUCCCACCAGCAAUAUAUGAAUGUACCUUUUCCUCCACAUCCUUACCUACAUUUAUUGUUAUUUGUAUUCUUGAUAAUUGUCAUUCUGACUGGAGUGAGAUGAAAUCUCAGUGUAGUUUUAAUUUGCAUUUCUUUAAUUGCCAGUAAUGUUGAACAUGUUUUUUUAUAUAUUUGUUGACCAUUCAUAUUUCUUCUGUGAAGUGUCUGUUCCAUUCCUUUGCACAUUUAUUGAUUGGGUUAUUUGGUUUUUUUGGUGUUAAGUUAUUUGAGUUAUUUAUAUAAACUGAAGAUUAAUGCUCUAUCUGAGCUGCAGGUGACAAAGAUUUUCUCCCAUUCUGUAGGCUCUCUCUUCAUUGUCUUGAUUGUUUCCAUUGCUGUGAAGAAGCUUUUUAGUUUGAUACUAUCCCAUUUAUUGGUUUUUUUUUUUUUAACUUCUUGCGCUUUCAGAGUCUUGCGGGAGAAUUUGGUUUCUAAGCUGACAUGAAGGAGAUUUGGGCCUAUUUUUUUCUCUAGUAAGGGCUUUGUGUUUUUAAAUCUACCUCUAAUUACAUAAUGCAAGUUUCUGUCUCUUUCUUAAAAGAAUAAAGAAAUUGGGCAGAAAGAGGGAGGUACUUUGGAGUAUACCUCCCCACCUGUAUAUACAAAACUAAUUCUGGAAAUGAUCACUAUGUACCUUGAGUUGUGAGCCAAAUUGAUCACAACAGGGAUGAUUGUUUAUUUAAUAUUGAGGGUAGAACAAUAUUGGGAGGCAUUACAGGAAAAAUUCGCUAUUAAAUAUAUCAUACAUUUAUUAAAAAAAAUAGUAACAUAUAGUUAACAGCUCCCAAGCCCUCUGGGGAAAAAAGUCAUAAAACAAGCAAAUAGUGGUUCUAGAGUCAAUUUUAAAAGAAAGAGAAAGAGAAAUGAUAACUGGGGCAAUUUUUACUUUUCUCAAGGGUAUUUGUAACAACUCCACUGAUUAUCCACUUAGUUGAAAUUCUGGACUAGGAUCACUGAUGCAUUAAUUUAGGUCAAUAGUAUUCUGUACAUCUUUUUCUUAAGUACAUUAUAAACAUUUAAAUAUAACAUAUGUAAGCAGCACUUGGGGGAAAGGGUUAUUAUUCAAAUAUUAGUACUGUGACUUUUUAAAAAUGUCUUAAGUAGAUUUUUGUUUAAUAGCCUCUUAUUAUUAUCCUUAAUUCUGACUUAUGCAAAGAGAGUUAAUUUAUUAGUAAAGGUGAACAACAUUGCAAUAACUUGAGAACACUGGAUUGUAAUUUCCAAAGUGAGUUAGUUCAUAAAGUAUGUGAGCAAAUUAUAAUACCUGUGCCAGUUAUCAGUGUCUUGUCUCUCAGGUCUAAAUUUGACAGUCCUUUUUGCUCUAUAAAAAUGUAUCUUGAGUCUUUUAAGUAUUUUUCUUUGCCAGCUGGCAUGAGGGUACUUGUCAGUACAGGCCAUAGAAUGAGAAUGUAGAAGGAAAAGGUCUUCCUUCCCAGUUCCCAGGUUCUCCUUUGGUAGACUCCUGCAGUGUGUAUGGUUCAUCCAGAGCCUGGCUUCUGUACCUUCAGCAGCUUCUCUGGCAUCCAGCUCCUUACCACACAAGCUACCCUGGAGCCUAGCAGCUAAAGCUCAGUUAGUAUCACCAGUACCUGGCACUCAGCAGCUUCCCCUAGCUCUUACCUCACAUGCAGACAUCCACCCACACCAGGGUAUGUACAUGUGUGAGAUAACACCCUUUGGAUAGCAUGUCCUGCACCCUUACAUAGAGAUUUCCAGCAUAGAUGCUUCCCAGCAACAUCUCUGGUAUUCAAUGAGUUAUAGUCAUGCCUUAUCCAACAAGGUCUAGAUUCCAGCCUAGAGAUAGCAGGGGCUCUUCUUUUUGUCCUUCAAAGUCUGGAUCCCCAUCCAGGGAUAGAAGUACAAGUAGCAGUUUCUCUGUUAUUUGCUUUUCUUAUAUUGUUUAGAGUUCUCUUUAUUUCUCACUAGCUCCCCCAUUACUUUAAUACCCUAUUAUUUUUUUUUAAUUUUUAAGAAAUCUUUUUUUUUGGUCAAUGGACACAAUACCUUUAUUUUAUUUGUUUUUAUUUUUAUGUGGUUCCGGGGAUAUAACCCAGUGCCUCGUGCAUGCUAGGCAAGCACUCUACUACUGAGCCAAACGCGGGCCCCCUAUUGUUAAUGAUUUUUAAACUAAACUGUUCUGUUCACAUUGCUGUGUGUUUUCUCCGUCCUGAGGACCUUGGCUGAUAUAUACCAAAAUCGUAUUAAAACAAUCUGUAUUCUUCAGGAGUAAGAGAAAGUAAAUAUGACAAGUCAUGUCUUAAUAAAACGGGUUAGUAAUGGUACAAUGUGCUUUAUCUAGAGUGCACUCUUCGAUGACAAAAUGCUUUAAGAAUUCGAUGCUAGAUUUAAUGGUUGUAAGAUAAUAUGAUGCAAUAUAUUAGCUGUACAUGUAACUUUAAAGAUCUAUUUUUUAAAAUGUUUUACUUGAGGGGCUGGGGUUGUGGCUCAGUGGUAGAGUGCUCGACUAGCAUGUGCAAGGCCCUGGGUUCGAUCCUCAGCACCACAUAAAAAUAAAAAUAAAUAAAAUAAAGGUAUUGUGUCCAACUACAUCUAAAAAAUAAAUAUUAAAAAAAAUUGUACUUAAUUUUACGGUGUUUGUUAAAACAUAAUCCAUUUAUAAACAGCAAAAGUCUGAACUCCAAAUCAUUUGUUGAUCUUGAAAGUAUGUUGUAUAAUAAUAAUUAUAUAAAGUGUAUUUGUAGAUUAUUAAUGCUAGAGUAAGAAUGAUAUUCAUCAUAUAUUGAGAACCCAGAAAAUUCUCAGCACUUUAUUUUAUUGGAUCCUCAUAGCAAUACAAAUGGAUACUGUAAUCAUCCCCCAUUUUAUAAAUGGGAAAAAAGACAUUUGGGAAGGUUAACGAAGUGACCUAAGGUAAUACAUAUAGUAAUAUUUAGAGCCAAAAUUUGCACAUGGAUCUGCCUGUAAGUCCUCGACCAUAAGUAUCUGUUUCCAGAAAUUGAAGCAAAUGACAAGAUACCUGUAAAAAUAAACAUAGAAUAUUUGGUUUUUGUUUGUUUUCAUCAAAGAUUUAGACCAAAACAAAACUGAAGCAUCCCUGGAAUGUACAGCACACCCUGAAAUAUUUCUGAUUUAGCUAGCCUAUUACUUUUACUUAACCAGAUAUGGACAAACUGAGUGAACACUGGCUAUCAAAUCCCCAGAAUCAAAGUGUUAACAGUGUAUCAGAAAUGCAGCAGCCUUUAUUCAGAGCUGAAUUGAAGGCAGAUGAAAUAUUAACAGCAGUUCUAGCAGCACAAAAUGAAAUAUGAGAUCCUGUAUCAGAAAUUAUUAGUAACCUGUUAAAAGAAAUGCUGAAAAAUGGCAGUUACCAAAUUAAAACUGGGAAACAGAGCCCAAAUGGGAAAUUUCAAAAAGUUUGGAGGAAAAUAAAUGACAGAUUGUCCUCUUGGCUCUUAUUACUAUGCCAUCCUAAAUCCUACUUGGCAAUGGAUGGUGGAGGUGAAAUAAGAACUGCAUCACUGCCAGUGCUGGUCCUCAAAUUUGUAGUCCUAAGUGUCUGUGAUGGUGUCUGGGAUUGAUUGGAAAAGUAGUUAGAAGUUGAUAGCUUUUGAGCUUUAUCUAAAUUGAAGAGUCUGGAGACUCUUAUUAUGAAAGGCUUCCUCUCAUUUGUGAAUUGGCCCCUUUGCUCCACUUUUGGAUGGCUGACUUCCUCCAUGCAGAGCUACACUGAAUGUUCUAUGUGGGAAAGCUAUUCUCCUUAAAUGCCUUCAAAUUUAAAGCACUAUCUGGAUAUGUUAGUGUUUAUGAUUCAAAAUACUAGCAUCAAAAGAGAGAGAGAGAGGAUACGAAUACAAAAUACCAAGCAGUAAAUGAAGGAGAUAUUUUUCCAUCAGUAACUAAGAGCAGAAAAAUUGCUAGAAGCUGAGUUGUUGAGCAUUUGAUGCCAGAGGAGGGGGGAGGAAAUGAGCUAUAGAACCAUCAGAUCUUAGUGUUGGCAGAGACCGUGGAGUUCAUGCAGUCCUACCCUAUCAUUUUUCAAUGAAGAGACUGAGACAUGGGGAGUUAAGGGACUUGACUUGCCCAAGACACAUAGUUGUUUAUUGACAGUCAUGCCAAAAACAUUUCCCAACUCCCAAUCUGGAACUCUGAUGUUCAGCCUGCUACUACCAUCCUGUACUGUAAAUUAACACUAACCCAGCCUGGAACAUAGAAGAAUCCAGCAUCUGUGGGGAGCAAGAAAAAGAAAUGCAUUUAAAAGUGGAAAUCAGUUGUGACUAGUUGGCCAAACUUAUGCAAGCCAUUUUGUCAGUUUCCUUUCCAGGCCCUCCCUUAACAUGAAAGAAAAGAAUUUGGUUAUAAUCCCCUAAGGUUUAUAAGUAUGUGUUCAGGUUUGAUUUGUUUGGAGAAUUCUUCUGCAUACAAGUUACCUCCAGGUAUAGACUAGCUUGUGGGUGGCAUUGCUAUUGAUCCCUGUUAUUUACUUGAGACUUUCUUUCUCUAGCUGUGAAAUUGCUUCAGAGUCAUAGUGGUGUGUGUGUGUGUGUGUGUGUGUGUGUGUGUGUUGGGGGUGGAGCUGUUCUUUCCAUGAGACACUCUUGUGAAUCAGAGUUGCUUUAAGAUGUAAGAAUUAUCCUCUCUUAACCCUUAUAUUCUGCUAGCCUCCUGAAUAACUUGGAACAUUUUGGGGACUUUUUCUCAGGCUCAUGAGUUUGGUGAAAUAAUUUUUCUUUAUUUUGGAAGCACAGAAUAGUUUGAAGUACCAGUGCCACAGAAGUUACAAUAAAAAUGCCUCAAUAGAAUUCCUUGUAAAAUAGCAGUACAGGUCUUUCAAACCAGUCAAAUAUUUUUCAGAAUAGGGCAACCAGAAAUAAGAGAAUCAGAGAAUAUGAUGAAAACUACAGAUGGAACACUUUGCAUGAAAAGUGAUUAUAUACAAGAGAGGGCUCAGGAGUGGGUAGGGAUGGAGUGGGAAAGGAAGGGUAACUGAAACAAGAGAAGAUAAUGCUUGACCAGGUCUAGUAAAAUAUUCUCUGCCACAACCACUGUUCCAUGAAGAGAUUGAGCCAAGAGGCCUGAAUAAACUAACCUUAAGUUCAGAGUUGCCAUUAUUGCGGGAGGCAUCAGGGAGAACACAUCCGGACUCGUGUUACACAGUAAUCACUGCUGGGUGUCAGCAUUCAUCAGCCAGAUGGUCAGACCCACAAUUAAUCAAUUAGGCUGGGAUGAUCAACUGAACUAAGUUUUCCCCUUUGGUUAAAAACCCUCAUCAUGCGGUCAAGGCCAAUAGUACUUUUAUCCUGUUGCUUUUGGAGAAGCUUCUAAAAAUUCCUCUUUCAGGCCUCUAGUUACUGGACAUUGUUAGGCUCCAACUUACUUUGACAACAUAGAGACCCCAAAUCAAGGUUUCCACAUAGUAGAUUAUCACCAUCCUGUGUGUUCAAUUAUGAUGAUUAACAUACCACACAAAAAUAGGCUUUUUAAAGCAGUGUUGUAAGCAGUGUUAUUUGACUGAUGUUACUGGUCUUUGAACUGGUUCCACUCAAUCCAAUGGAACAAUGAAAGGGAUUCUUUUACUGGGAACUUAUAAAGAUGAUAUAAUAAUCAAACAAUAACAAUAAUAGCAACUCAUGACGUAUUCACCAUGAGACUGAUACUGCUAUGACAGAGAUGGAUAAACAUGAGUCAGUCUAUAAUACUUCAGUGAUGGUGAGAACAUUACUUACAUUUCAAAGAGAAGGCAACUGAGGCUGGAAAGUUCAUUAAAUACUUAAUAAAGAUAUGUUGAGAUGAUUCAGUACUAUGGGAUGAAAAACAAAUGAUUUUCUUAAACAUAUAUAUUUAUGCAUCCCAAAGAUAACAAUUAGAAAUAUAUCAUAAAUUUUCAUUAUCUCUCUUCAAAGAACAUUGAGGAGUUCUUGUACUCAUCUUUCCAGAUCUGUUGAUCCUAUUCUGUUUUCCAAGCCCCUCUUCUCCAUACCAUUUGAUUGGGUAUUGCUUUCUUCCCUGUUUCAGUGUCACCACCAUUAUUUGCAAUAAUUCUCAGUCUCCACCCUAGCAUCCUUAGCUAGAUAUGGUACCUUUAAUUAUGAGUGAAAUACCAAGAGUUUUUGUAACUUGACUUACAGGGCAAUUGCCUCCUCUAAAACAAAAAGUGUGGCACUAAUUUUUUUUUUUUUUUUUUUUUUUUUGUGUAUGUUGAGCCUGGUUAUUUCCCUCGGAGUUUCAUUUCCACUCUCUUCUAGCUAUAUUGCAGUACACAUUACAAGGAGAGAGUUUUAAAAAUCCUGUUGGUGGGAAACAUCACUUUCUUAAUGGAAGCCUGUACUGACUUCACUAAGUAAAAUGUGAACACAAGUUCUAAGUUCCUUUGUGUUUCAUCAUUCAGAUUUCUCCCAAGUUUUACUUAGAGAGUGCUCCUUUUUAACCAUUUUAUGCAGAUUAUUCAAAGAUGCUACUGAUCCACCACUUUGAGAUAUUAGGCUCUUACUAAUAUUAUUUAUGAAGAAUGUGACUUCUCUUGCUAUCUAACUGCAGUGCUUUGCUUUUUAUUUGCUUUGCUACUUGCCAAAUUGAGAAAGCAAUACCAAGAUGCCAGAAGAGUAUAUUGAUCCCCACCAUUUCUUACUUCAAGUUUGAGAGCACAUGGGAGAAAAGCUAGUCCAGAAAUCUAAGGAGCAUCUUUUCUCCUCCAAGGCUCCAGCAGUAUCCUCUUCUUCUGACUGUGGUACUCUGUUUUGCAAGCAUGUUUUCUCCUUGCUACCCCUUUUUCUAGUCCUACAAUCUUCCCCCUAGAGCUGAUGAAACACUUACAUUUUGACCUGCAGGAUCCCUAUGGACUGCAGAGUUGAGCCCUGCCAUCCAGACUGCCUUUCUGCUUCAUUUUGCUCCUGACCUAAACCCCCCUGCUAUUCCAGGCCUGGCCUCUCAUGACCAGAGACUGCUGACUCAUCCUGGCCUGUGCCAAGCUGUGCAGUCGCUUAGUGAUGUGGACAGGAGUCGAAAGACUAGAAUGAGAUCACUGAACUCAUUUCACUUGUUGCUUACGGUACAGUCCAGCAUGAGCUGGAAAUGUAGGAACCUCAGCCUCCCGAGCAGAAAGACACUCUGGAACACUGUGAACUCGACACACUAAUCAGAGCAGGGAGCUAACAGCCAGGCCUGGACGCUCUCAAGAGACUGUGCUGAUUCUCAAUCGUCACUCCUUGGAUCAGGAACCACAGUCCUGCAGUGGCUGGCACUUUUCCUCCACAUUGUGAGAGAUAGAGAAUUGGCUGGAAUAAAACCUUGCUUUCCAUAUGGUCAACUUGAAAUGCAGCAUUGAAAAGUUCCUUGACCAUCAGUCUGUUGCCUGCCCCUUCUCCUUAGCAGUCCUUCCUCUGCAUGGACAGGACCCCUCUUGAGUUCGGGGUUUAUGAUCUACUCUCAGACAAGAUGCAGCCGCUCUCUGUUCCCUGCCCCAAUGAACAUCAGCACUAGGCCCAAGCCUUGGAGUGAUUUACCUGAAGAGUGACACCAUUGAUUUGGAAACUACUAUGAGGAAACUGAAGCCCAGAGAGGUGAAGUGAGGUGCCCAAGGCCACACAGCAAGUUAGAGGCACAGCUAGUACCAUAGCUCAAGUCUCCUGACUCCCAGUCCAGUGCUCCUCCCAUUACUCCACGGGUCCUGUGUCUAAGCUUCCUGACAAAUGCUAGAACGGAAGAAACCCAAGACAGCUGAAAACCAGAAGGCAUCUGAGGAGAAUGAGAUUACUCAGCCGGGUGGAUCCAGCGCCAAGCCGGGCCUUCCCUGCCUGAACUUUGAAGCUGUUUUGUCUCCAGACCCAACCCUCAUCCACUCAACACAUUCACUGACACACUCUCACGCUCACACCGGGUCAUCUGAUUGUGACAUCAGUUGCAAGGGGAUGACCGAGCGCAUUCACAGCAUCAACCUUCACAACUUCAGCAAUUCCGUGCUCGAGACCCUCAACGAGCAGCGCAACCGUGGCCACUUCUGUGACGUGACGGUGCGCAUCCACGGGAGCAUGUUGCGGGCACACCGCUGCGUGCUGGCAGCCGGCAGCCCCUUCUUCCAGGACAAGCUGCUACUGGGCUACAGCGACAUUGAGAUCCCUUCGGUAGUGUCAGUGCAGUCAGUGCAAAAGCUCAUUGACUUCAUGUACAGCGGCGUGCUGAGAGUCUCGCAGUCAGAAGCUCUGCAGAUCCUCACAGCGGCCAGCAUCCUGCAGAUCAAAACAGUCAUAGAUGAGUGCACACGCAUCGUGUCGCAGAAUGUGGGCGAUGUGUUCCCAGGCAUCCAGGACUCGGGCCAAGAUACGCCACGGGGCACUCCUGAGUCAGGCACGUCAGGCCAGAGCAGUGACACGGAAUCGGGCUACCUGCAGAGCCACCCACAGCACAGUGUGGACAGAAUCUACUCCGCACUCUAUGCCUGCUCCAUGCAGAAUGGCAGCGGCGAGCGCUCCUUCUACAGCGGUGCGGUGGUCAGCCACCAUGAGACAGCGCUGGGCCUGCCCCGUGACCACCACAUGGAAGACCCCAGCUGGAUCACACGCAUCCAUGAGCGCUCACAGCAGAUGGAGCGCUACCUGUCCACCACCCCUGAGACCACGCACUGCCGCAAGCAACCCCGGCCUGUGCGCAUCCAGACACUGGUGGGCAACAUCCACAUCAAGCAGGAGAUGGAGGACGAUUAUGACUACUAUGGGCAGCAAAGGGUGCAGAUCCUGGAGCGCAAUGAAUCCGAGGAGUGCACAGAAGACACCGACCAGGCUGAGGGUACCGAGAGUGAACCCAAAGGAGAAAGCUUCGACUCUGGUGUCAGCUCCUCCAUAGGCACCGAACCCGACUCAGUGGAACAGCAGUUUGGGCCAGGGGCGGCCCGGGAUGGCCAGGCAGAGCCCACCCAACCUGAGCAGGUCGCGGAAACCCCCGCUGAUGGCGGCCCACAGCCAAACCAGCUAGAAACAGGUGCCUCCUCUCCAGAGAGAAGCAAUGAGGUGGAGAUGGACAACAGGGUCAUCACUGUCAGCAACAGCUCAGAGAAAAGUGUCCUGCAACAGCCUUCAGUCAAUACGUCCAUCGGGCAGCCAUUGCCAAGUACCCAGCUCUACUUACGCCAGACAGAAACCCUCACCAGCAACCUGAGGAUGCCUCUGACCUUGACCAGCAACACACAGGUCAUUGGCACAGCGGGCAACACCUAUCUGCCGGCCCUCUUCACUACCCAGCCUGCAGGCAGUGGCCCUAAGCCUUUCCUCUUCAGCCUGCCACAGCCCCUGGCAGGCCAGCAGACCCAGUUUGUGACAGUGUCCCAACCUGGUCUGUCAACCUUUACUGCACAGCUGCCAGCGCCACAGCCCCUGGCCUCAUCUGCAGGCCACAGCACAGCCAGUGGGCAAGGCGAAAAAAAGCCUUAUGAGUGCACUCUCUGCAACAAGACUUUCACCGCCAAACAGAAUUACGUCAAGCACAUGUUCGUACACACAGGUGAGAAGCCCCACCAAUGCAGCAUCUGUUGGCGCUCUUUCUCCUUAAAGGAUUACCUUAUCAAGCACAUGGUGACACACACAGGAGUGAGGGCAUACCAGUGUAGUAUCUGCAACAAGCGCUUCACCCAGAAGAGCUCCCUCAAUGUGCAUAUGCGCCUCCACCGAGGGGAGAAGUCCUAUGAGUGCUACAUCUGCAAAAAGAAGUUCUCCCACAAGACCCUCCUGGAGCGACAUGUGGCCCUGCACAGUGCCAGCAACGGGACCCCUCCAGCGGGCACACCCCCAGGUGUCCGCGCUGGUCCCCCAGGUGUGGUGGCCUGCACAGAGGGGACCACUUACGUCUGCUCUGUCUGCCCAGCAAAGUUUGACCAAAUCGAGCAGUUCAACGACCACAUGAGGAUGCAUGUGUCUGACGGAUAAGUAGUAUCUUUCUCUCUUUCUUAUGAACAAAACAAAACAAACAAACAAAAAGAAAUAAACAAACAAAAAAGCUAUGGCACUAGAAUUUAAGAAAUGUUUUGGUUUCGUUUUUACUUUCUGUUUUUGUUUUUGUUUCUUUUCAUUUUGUACUACAUGAAGAACUGUUUUUUGCCUGCUGGUACAUUACAUUUCUGGAGGCCGGGUGAAUAAUAGUUUUCCCAGUCUCCCUCGGAUGGUGGCCUUAAGGCCUGGUAGUACUUCAGGAGGUCCACUGGUUGGAUCUCUAGCUACUGGCCUCUAAAUACAACCCUUCUUUACAAAAAAAAAAAAAAAAAAAAAAAAUCUUUUAAAAAAGUAAAAAAAAAAAAAAGAAAAGAAAAAAAUUUUUUCACUUGUGAAGAGCACUACAAAAUAUAUAACAAAAUCUAAAAGGCCUACUGUCUUUAAGUACACCGCUUGCAGUGUUUCAGUGGACAUUUUCACAAUUCUGGCCGCUUGGACUUUACAGUAACCAGUUAAAACUGUGGAAUAUCACUUCUGGUUGAAAACCCAGAGGAAAGGCCCUGCUGUUUUCCACCUACCACGUUGUCUGAUUUCAUAAAAGGGCUGUGGGGGUGGCAGGGGGAAGUGGGUUCAGGAGUGUGGGAAAGAACGUGGAAUGGCAGCCUUCUCCCCCAGAUUCUGCCGUGUCCACACACCUGGCUCACCUCCUCCACAUCCCCCCUCUCAGCAGAAGCCAGGAAGACUUGGAGAAGCAACAAGCAACAGUGGCUAUCGUAUUUAUUCAGUGUCUUCGCUGAGCCUCAGCCUCAGCACAAUCAAGAGGGACUUUCAUGAAAGGCAGAAAUGCAGAUAAAACAAAGAUAUCAGAGAUUUGCACCUAUGUUUCUAGGUACAAGAGAAGGAUUAUUUCCAACAAUCUUUGCAAAAAAAGAAAAAAAAAAGAAAAAAGAAAAAGUGUCAGGAUAUAUUCUUGUGGAAGAGAAAAAGAAAGGAAUGGAGGGUGGGGGGAACAAUAAAAAGUUCUCGAGGCUUUUUUAAUUCAGAAUUUUAUAGAGGGGCAAAAGUGACGUUUACCAGAUAGAAUGCUGAUUUUUUUAAUAUAUUUACAACAGUAUUUGUGUAAAAAAAAAAACAAAAAAGUAAGAUUGUUAAAAGUAAUUUUUUUUUAUUUUGGUUUUGCAUACACUGCCACCAAUCCCUUCUCUUUUAUUUUAUUUCACACACAUAUAUAUAUUUUUUUGGUAAGUCAAGACUGUUAAGGUUAGCGAUACUGCUUCCAGAUAGAAAGAAUUAAAGGCAACUAAAGUUAUAUUUGAAAGAGAGGAAGGUUAUUUUCUUCAUUUUUUUUUAUUUUUCUUAAUUUUUAUUAUUUUAAGUAUUGCCUGGGUUGAUGAGGGCCUCUGUAGCCCGCCCAUCCCUGCUGUAAUUUGAACUGCUGCUUUGUAUUUUGAUAUGUAGUUUUUUGACUUUUAGCAAGCUUAAGUUGCUCCACUGAAUAUUUUCUUUCAUUGAUCCAUCUAGAAUUCUGUUCUCUUUCAUGGGAGGGACUUUAUCUUUUAGAAGCAGUUUUCUUGCUUCUCCAAUAUUUCAUUGAGCUCUUAUGAAUCUAGAGUUUCUGUUGACUGCUUUUUUCUUUGAUGAAACACUAGUAGUCUAGAUGUCUUGACAAAUGGGUUUGUCUCUUUUGUGGUCAGCCAGGAGGAGGACUUCACAGAGCCCAUACCUCCUUCCCCCUUCAGAACCUUACAAGCACCGCUAUGAGAAGCCUGUUACAAAAUAUGAUAUGUUGAUGCCAAAAUUACUUUCUUCCUUUCUGAUGUCACCUUCUGACUCUUUCCACCAUGGCUACGAGGGCUAAAUAAGAAGAUAAUUCAUUAGAUGAGUUAUUAAUCUUUGCUUUUUGGAAAAGUCUUAGGGAAAUCAACCAUUUUCCUGAUGCCAACAUCCACCAUUCAAAAGGCCACCAAUCUACUGCAUCUUUCCAGGUGCCACUCUCUCUUCCUAGUUGGGAUUUCUCUCCUCCGCCUAAUCAAGAUAUCAUCAUAGAGAUUUUUCCAUGGUAGAUUUUUCCAUGGUUUUCUAUUUCCAACAAAAAUAGAACUUUUUAAACCUAAUAAUACUCCCAAAGUGAACAACAGGCAUAUUUUAACAUACUUAAAGGGAAAAGUCAAUCUUGAAACAAAGCAAAAACACUAAACUACAACUUUAAAAAGAAAGGGGAGGAUAUUUUAGAUUCAAAAUUACUCUACAUUUUAAUUUAAUUUUUCUUCUAAUUUUCCUGUGUUUUAUUUACAAAAUCCAUGCAGCACAUGAGGGAGAAUCUUCCAAGGCAAGCAACUCUAUAAUGACUAAAUUGGUUUUAUUCAUAUAUUUUAGAUAUUUGUUUAACUUGGAUGUUUUCCAUAAGUUCUUUGUGAUGUUUAGUAGAAUUCGUGCAACUGGAGUAUUUGUGAGUUUGAUUUGUCCUACAGUAGAUAUUUUGCUAGAAGUUUUAAUGUAGACUUGGAUGGUAAACUGGCUACUGAGAAUCACCCAUUAUGAUUUCUAAGAGGAAUUCUACCAAGGAAACUGUAUCUAAAACUGACCUGUAAAAGUCAAUGAGAAACGGCUUCAGAUAUAUGAAAAGUCCAUUUUUCUAUUGCCAAUUUUGCCUUUUAAAAUAUCAAUAUUGACUCUAAUAUUUCCAUUAACCACCAAUAGAGGGAGCAUUAAUUAACUAUGCCAUGGAAUUGCUUGAUAUUUUGGAAAACAAGUCAUUCAACCCAUAAAAUAAAAGAUUAAAAUUGAAGGGAAAAAAUUUUAAAGGAAAAUGAUGUGAAAUCAUUCAGCAUCUUUCAAAUGAAAGAAGGCCAAAAGACACUUUAAAAUAUUUUCAAUUAUUUGACAGUAAUAGAUUAAAAAAGUGUCUUUAUGCUCACCUUAGUAGUCAGAAUCAUAAUAGCUCCAGAAAAGCUGAUUUUGAGUGCUGUUUGGGUCAUGUUUAGCUGACUGCUUCUCAAAUCUGGGGGAGACCCAUUUGCCUUAAUGCUAAUUUGCUGUUCUAAAAAAGGUAAGCAAGUGGGUUAAAAUCCACCUUUUGUUGUAGAGCAUAUAAAGAAAAAACUACAAGUGACUUGAAGCCCUAAUGUUCACUCUUUCCUGGUAAGGAAAGUAUCUCUUUAAAAAAAAACAUUGGGGGCCCCAAAAGAAUUGUUAGUGAGGUGAUUUAAUCACCACAAAAUGGACCGCCAGGUUUGGAUGGCAUAGACUUGUUCCCACUGUGUCUUUUCCUCCCAAACAUGCAGCCUAAAAUAAUUGACAAAUUGUUCUUUAAGAACAGGAGGAAACUAAACUGGAGUGGGAAUUCUAUCCUGGGGGAGCAAAGAAGCUCUGAGAGGCUAUUGCUGUAUGUCUGGCCUCUAAAGAGCUGCUUUCCAAAUUGACCCAUAUUUAGAAAAUAAACGAGUCUGUACCUAUUUCAAAAGAAUGCAGAUGCUUUCAGAUUGCUAACCCACAAUCACAAAUAAACCAUCACAAAUAUCUCAGGCAAUAGAAAAACAUAUUUGGCCUCAAGAUCAGAGAAUCAUUAUGGAUUCUUUAGGGUUUUUUUUUUGUUUGUUUUGUUUUUUGGGUUUUUUUUUUUUUUUUUUUUUUUUUUUAGUUUAAAUCCUAUAAUUUCUUACAUUUAGACCUUGAACCUAGAAUGCUAUCAGUACUAAAAGAAAAGAAAAUUCCUUUUAAUAGCCAGGAAAAAGAUAAGAUUGAAGCAGAUCUUCCAAAUUUAAGACCUCUUAAGAGGAGUACAGGGAACAAGAACUGGCAUGGAAAAGAACAUUUUUUAGCAAUUUAUAGUUUUGAAAAGAAUUUGCUGGACAAAAGAAAGGGAGAAAGUCAAAAGGGAGUGUUUAUCUCAAUACAUUAAGAUAUACUCUUUGAAAAAUAAAAUCUUCUCGCACCAAAAACAUUGGUAGUAUCUCAGUAUAGUGGGCAAUUUUUUUUUCCUAUUAAAUACCAAUAUUUGUGCAUAAAAGACCCCCUAAGAAUCUAAAAUGUAACCCUAAAAAGGAAAUAAUUAUAACACAUGGGUUCUACAAUGGGGAAAAAUUGGAAAACAAGCCAGCACUCCCCCCCCCAGAAAAAAAUUGAAUUAUUUUUUACUAUAUAUUUUAAUUGAGUUGUAAACUUUCACUCCUUAUAACACUUUUAUAGACCUCUCCCUUCCCGAGUUCCUAAUACUUUGAAUUUAUUUGUGUCCAGAGUAUGCAUAGUGAAUUCCCAGCUCAUUCACAGGUGCAGACCAUUCCCUUCUCCUAGCCACCUUAAGAGGUCACAGUAGCUCUUAGAAAGACUUGGGGUUUCUUUAUUAAGAAGUCACAGAGGUUUCAUUUGUAUCAUCAUAAUAUUCUAUAAGAACCAAGAAAACCUUUUCAAACCUAUGAACAGGGAGAAUUUGUGCAUUCUGAUAAUGAAAAACGAAGAGGCUUCCUCUGUGUUUGUGUCACUUUAAGUUCUAACACCUUGCUCCACAAAUACUUCCAUCAUGCAAACACAUAAGCACUAUGUACCCUGCUCAUGCCACCAAAUCAGUGUUUUCUCUCAUCACACAAUCAAAAAUGAGGUGUGUCCCUUAUCAAAUCCCUCAGAUCCCCAGGAAAACAUAAUAAAGGCUCACAUUGCUUACUUGUAAAGAAAACUUGGUGAUGCUUCUAACACCUUUUGCCCUUAGGAAAGGGGGAAGGGAGGUAGAUCUGGCUGGGCAUGAUAGAUGUGCCCCUUCUGGAACCUUCCUCUGUUGUUUCUGAAGAUGUUAUUUGAUUAGUUGGGGCUGGGGGCAGGGGAUAUAUGAUUCUGCAGAAAAGACAUCAGAUGGUGGCAUCAGACAUGCCUCUGCUAUAGCCAGUGUAUGCUGUAGACAGGGAACAAAAGGAAGGUGACAUGCAGAAGCAGACACAACCUGAGAUGCCCUGGGGACCGAGAACAGGAGGAGGCUCUUUCUAUGUGACUUGAUUCUUAAAAGAAAUCUUCUAAAAGAAUUUAUUAAUUUAGUAAUGAGUUGAAGUCCAGGGUAAUGGAAGCUCUGGGGAAGAGAACAAAAGAAUUGCAAAAUAUAUUCAGAAUCUGACAAUACUAAACCAGGAAACAUCCAAUAGCAAAACUAGGAAGUUUGGCAAGAGGUACUUAGAGAAAUCUCUGGGUUUUUCCUUGGGUAGGGUCAACAGAGUUUCUUUUGAGUGAUUUCUGACUCUGAGGAACUUCUUUACUCAUUAGAAAAGAACUUUAUUUAAAUAAUCAAUUUUGUUCCCCAGAAAAAAGAAAUUAAAAAAUAAUAAUGAAAGGGAGAAAAAAAUAGAACACCAGAGACAGAACCAAGUGACAUAGUGACAAACAAAAGAGGGUGCACGAGAAUUUCAAUAGACCCCUUAAGACCACAGAGAAAGCAAAAUGACCCAGUGGCCCAGGUUCCCCCUCUCAGUCUUCAGUGAAUCAGAAAGCCUUGAAUGGACCCAGUCACGGGGCUUUCUGAAACUAGACAGAACUUCCCAACGGGACCACCACAACCUUUUUCUCCUUUCCAUGUUUUUCUAAAGAAAAGUGUUGUUUCCUUAGGUACCCAGAAAAUAGAUUACGUGGGGCAAACUUUCCAAAGCAAUCUCUGCCCAGUGCUCUAACUACAUAGGAGGACAGAAAGGGGGCACACAAAAAAAGAGGCCCUUUGGAGAGAAUAUAUUUUUUUUAUUCCCAAAGGCUUUCUGUAUAACAUUCUUAUUUCUGAUGCCAUUUAAACCCCUCCAAGAGGAAAGGUUGUGGUGACUUCGUGUUCCUGUAAACACAGCAUGUGGAAACUGUUAAUCCAAAGCAUCAUUUCUAGCACUGGGUAUCAAGAUGAUCAGCCUGACCACAAUACCCCAAAGAUUUUUUAAGUCUCAGAAGACCUUUUUUUCCUCCUUGAACACUGAAUCCAUAGUAAUCAGAGGUGUAUAUGAGCAGAUCCCAGGAAGUGACAAUGAAACAGUAGUAUUUUUCCAUUCUUUUUAGGGCAAAUAGGUAGAAGAUGACUGCUGCAUAGCACUAGUUCUUUUCCAGAACUAAGUGUUUCCUCCUCUCUGAAUGAGAGGUAAAAAUGCCCUGGGUCAAAACAAGAAAAAUCAUCCUUCCACACCACUGAAACAGUCUGUCAUUCCAGUAGCUUCUUUAGGCCCCACCUGUUGCUCCAUAGACGGAAUACUUUCAGACUGAAAUAUCUAAUCUGAAGUGACCUCAGUUAAGGUAUUUUCACAAGUAGCCACUUAUAGUACAGAAUUAUUGCCUUAAGUCAGAACUCCCAGGGAAGAGGACAAAAGACACAGAAAUUGGAAGACUGUGAAGAAAUGGACAUUUCUUGCUUUUUAGUAGUUGCAUUAUGGCAAAAAUAAGCCCUGUUCAUGACUGAGGACUCUAGAAGCAGUGACUUCUUGGGAAGGCACCAAAGUUGUCCAGAGUUGGCCAUUCUCAGGAAGUGGCUGGUAUUUUCUCUCUACUCAUUUUCAUUGAUAGGUCUGGACUGAAUGUAAAACAAACAUCAUAUUGCUAAAUAGUGACUCCCAUAAAGCAUGAUCACAGGUCCCUGGGAUGCCGGUUUCAAAUAUUUUCUUAACAGGGAGAACAAUCCCAACAAAAAGCUUUCUUUUUGGUGUAUAUCUCUCAACUCUUUUCCCUUUGGGUUUUGGAGUGCAUCUGUUUUAUCUGGUGGUUCUUUGUAAGUGCAAACUCUGAACUUGCACAUCUUCAGUGACAGAGCAUAAUCUGCAGAUCAUGAACAAAAUCUAGCCACCAUCCUGAGAGUCUCAGCUUCUGGGAUAUCUGUUUGGGGUAUAAGAGUCCCUACUUAACCCUCUUCAGAUUCAGAGAUUCCUUGGUUCAGAAUGCCUCAAUGAGAGGCUGAUACACCUAAGAUAGAAAAAAAAAAUUAACCCCAUUUUCAACAGGUACCCACAACAUCAUUGCAGUUUAUAUGUAGAUUCUAGUAAUGAAAGGGUCUUAACUCAUCCAGUGUGGCAGAGCUAUUGUCCAGAAUGUCUGUACAUCAUGCAUGUGCACAUGCAUGUGCAUAUGCAAUGUGAGGUGCUCUUAGUUCAAAACUAUUCCACAUUCAUAUUCUCUAGUGACAGCAAGAGAGAUUUUGGAAUUCCAGUUAGAAGUCAAAGGUCUAACAUAUCUCACAUACCCGCUUCUGCUCUGUUGCCUUAGUUGGGUACAUUAGUAUCUGUGAUGAGGCUUAAGGGCAUUCUGAAGGAGCCCAACCAUCAAUAAUUUCUACUUAGCCCUUUGAGGAGAAACUUGAAAAAAAAAUGCUACACUUCUAUUGGAUUUACUGAUGUGUGUGUGCAUGUGUGUGUUUGUUUAUAUUUAUUGUUGUCUGGGGGUGUGUGUGUACCUCUCAAAAGAAGCACACACAAGCAGAGGUCCUGGUACAUAGAUGCAGUUGUCUCUUCCCACCAUUGUGCCCAAAUUUGUGGCUCCCUUCCCAGGAAGUAGUCACCUGCCCACUCUUGCCUUUUGCAGUGUUCUGGAAUUGGAAGAAAUAAAAGUAGUUUGUUGACCCACAGAAAACCCACAGGGACAUGCUGUUUUCCUCCAGAAGAAGGUGGAACAUAAGCACCCAACUGGGGAGCAGAACAGAGGGAGUAGCAAUUGAGGGCACCUUACCAGGUCUCUUGGAGCAGGAGGGAUAUUGAAGUCAGGCAGGCAAGGUCCAUGCAAACUUUGGCUUGAGCCAUCCAUGGCUCAGAGGCCUCCAUUUCUUUCUUUUCUGAAACCCAGUGUGUGUACACACUCACACACAAGAGCCCACAUGUGCGUUUUGACUCCCAGAUGAAACCUUCUUAAUGCUGCCUGCAUUUGCAGGAUCUUGUCAUCAUUCACAAACUGUCUCCUGAAACCAGUGUGGCCUUUGCCAAAGUCUUUCCAAGAGUGGGUUGUUUACCAUGUCUAGCAAACCAAUAGACUAUCGGGAAUAUUUGAGGGGAAUCUCUAAGAAUUGAUGGCUCUUGUCCAUCUCAAACAUUAAAGUAGAAUGUCACUCUAGUGUAAUAUACUGGAUAAAUGGACCUGGCUCUUGUCGCUGACUCUUAUGGCUUGGUGGUCUGGAAACAGAUUCAGUUUUUUGACUUCAUGCCCUCCUUUUACUAUAUGGUUUAUUGUUUUUUAUGACACGUAGAUUAUUUUUACUUUACAGAUUUCAGAGGACAUUUUUCUUUCCUCUUCUAUUUUGGUGACUUCCCCCACCCCAUGAAGUAAGGCUACUUACAAUUGCAACUUUUUUGUUAUUAAAAAAUGUAUAUUGUCUUUCUAUAUCCAAAAGAAGUCUGUGACUGUAACCACAGGUAUUUCUUUUUACUGGAAAAAAAAUGAGUUUUGUUUUUGUUUUUGUUUUUAAUUAACAGUACUAGUGACUUUGUGGAAGAAUAUGAGUUACUAUUUAGGUAUGCUUACUUAAGUACAGUACACUACAUUGCAGUAUUUCUGAAACCUAGAAACAUACACACUAUAUAUAACAACUCUAUAUUGAAAUAUAUAUUACAUUAUAUUCAUUUUGACUUUUGAAUCUGCCUAUGAUCAUGAGUUGAUUGACAUAUUAUUUCUUUGCAUAUAUCACCCAUCACCAACCUGCUGCAGUUAAUCUGGUGCAUUUAAUAAUAAUCAUUACUGCUCUAGUUUGCUUUUUAUAUUAUCAGCUUCAGUAUUGUCUUUAGAGGAUUUUAGGAUUUUUUUAAAGCUCAGACUUAGCAAAAUGUAGGAAAGUGAAAACUUUUUUUUUUUUUUUUUUUGGUGUGGCUAAUGCAAAGAGGGUUCAUAUUCUAAGUGAUCUUGUUGAGCUGACCCUCUCAAUAUCUGAAGAACAAAAGUGCAUAUGAAUGUAUCUGUGAUUUUCCCCUCUAGGACUGUCAUUGUCUAUAUUUGCUUCUAAAAAUAUGACCAAGGGGCUGCUCAACCUUCAAUAACCUGACCAAAUAACACAGGCUGCAUUUCAAAGGGCUGCUCUUGUGAGAAGCACAGGACAGGGAAAUGCCUAGUUGUCUCAGCUGUAUUUUCAAACAUUGAUUUUAAAUACCAGUUCCUUACUGACUACUUUCUGUUUUCAAUAUGCUUUCAAUUAUUUUAACAAGUCUUCAACAUUUCCCUGGAGGUAGUUUGGCAAUAUAGUGUUCAUCUUCCCAGGAGAUUUCUUUUUAAACUAAAGCCAGACUUUGAGGAAAUUUUUAUUGACAGAGGUUAAUAUAGAGCUCAGAAAUAUAUAUCACAUUUUUCAGUCUUUAGAAUCCAUAAAAUAGUGGCUCUUGGGUAUCUGGCCCUCAGAAUCUCCACUUGCCCAGUAAGGUGGGGAUUUGGUGCCUUUCCUCUUGAACAGGCCCAACGAACUUUCAGAAGUCAGGCAUCCUGUCUUCCUAUAUAAGAAUUACUUUUAGAUAGUGUUUCGAGAUUAAAGAGUUCCUUCAGCUUCCCUAAGCUCUUCAACCCAAUGGCUGGGAAAUGUUAGAGUUGGAUCAGCUUUUCAUCUAUCUUGGGCUCAUGAGACCUGUCUAAUUCCUGCCAUUCUAUAUUCAGGACAAAUCAAAACAGCUAUUCAUCAAACUCUUGCCUCAGACCAACAUUAAUGUUUCUCAGUGUGAGCAUACCAAUUCAUUUCUUCUGUCUUCCCUCAGAGAUUAAUUUCUGAUCCCAUCCUAGCCAUACCUGACCAGCCACUGUCUGCCCCUACCCUGCCCAACCUCUCCCUAGUGUCCUGAAACGCAUUAAGGCACCACCCACUCUUAGUCUGCUUUGAAAGGGCGCACAUUGAGUCUAAGAGUGAAAUCAACAAGGGGUUCUCCAUUUUCAACUAAACACAUUUCUACUAGACAAAUCUGAUUGUGAGUUGACCAUUAGUGAAGCUGUUCAUACUCCAGAGAGCACAUACUCUCCAAAUUGUAUCCAAUUUGUAUCACCUUAUUAUAUUCCUCUUUCCUUUUCCUAACCUGCUCUAUUUUUUUGUUUCUUUUUAAGACUACUAUGAAUUACCAUUUGUCUCAUCACUGACCCCUCAAAAACUCCAAUACUAAAUUCUGAUCCCUGACUGUUCAUUUCUCUUCCUUCCCCCUACCCAUUCUGAAUGUCCUUCUUGCAAUGAGUUCAUAAACUUGAAACUCGUAGGCAGAGUGAAACCUGUCUUCAUUUUAGCUCCAGAUUUUAAAAGUUGUCAAUAUUCUUUUGAGAGUGGGAGGACCUGAGUCACAGUUUUAAAUGUCAACUGUACUAGCUGAGAUCAUUAAUUCCUCUCACCUUCACAUCUGGCCAAAGAUAAAGAGAAAAGUAUUUCUGUGUUUCUUUUUUAAUACCACAGUUUUCAAAUUCUUGAUAUGAGUAGACCAUCUCUGAGAGAGAAAAAUCACUAAUGUUGACUAUUUCAACCCCUGCUAAUACUUAGCCAAACAUCAUGUCUAUCAGAGACUAUAUUUACAGGAAUCUAAAGAAAGGGGUAACAUUUCAAAAUAACUUUGGUAACUGUUGAAGCUCUUCUCAAACAAGUAAAGCCACUUCUACCUAAAUGUAUUGCAGAAAAAAUUAGGAAGAAUUUCUUUACUUAUUACCUUUUUGAAAAAACAAUUAUCAGUUAGCCUAGAAAUUUGAACAGUAAUUUUCUUCAUUAUGAAAAGAUCAAUAAAGAUUGUUAAGUGUAUUUUGCAACCAGAGGUGGCUUAAACAUACACUUUAUAUGUACUUAAAGAAAAUAUUAAUAAGGCUGGAUGGAUACUCUAAGGGAUGUACAGUAUAUACUGCCCAAUUCCGAAAUACUCAACCAUGUAAUUUUAUCAUUGUGCUAGAUCUCAUUCCAAUGAAUUUUAACUGUUUGAUGUUCAGAUCAUUUUCCAGAAGACUGAUACCAUUCUGUGUAUAUCCCUUUCCAGAUGCUUUUAAUAUCUUCUUCACAGUAGCCCUUUAACAGUCUUCCCUUUUCAGUCUGAUGUCCUUGCCAUGGUACACAUUGCCCCUCAGCUCAUACAAAGACAAAUCUUGUGACAGGUAGAGCAUUGCCUGGUUUUAAAUGCACAGGGCGUAUAGUUUCAGGUCUUGCUUGACCUACUAAUAAACAGAAUCAAGAUUUAAUAUGAUAAAUGUAUUCUUACUUGACUUUAGGCUUGACCCAGCUUUUGUCUUAAUCAAACUAAUUUGUAGCAUCAACUCACCAUAGAGAGCAAGGAAAUGAAUAGAAGGUCCAAAAGACCUCCUGAGGCAUCACCUAGCAGGAAAACAAUGUUUCUUAAAGCCAAUAUUGAAGUUGCUUAAAACUAUGCCUUUCAUUUUGGCAUGUUCUUCUAAUCAGUUUUAUCCCUUUUCUCUUCUUUUGUUCUUUCUGACUCCUGGUAUUGGUUUUUAAAGUGUUCUUUAUCUAAAAUACCCUAUACCCUUCUUUGUAGGCAUUGCUGUGUGAAGGAACAAAAUAUUCUUUUCUAAAUUCUUAACUAUUAUCAUGUGUAUGUGUAGUAGGAAAGGAUCUGGUCCUGAUCGAUCCCAUCUGGUCCAGUUAAGCCAGGUUGCCUUUUUGACAUUAUUCCUUCCAUUUUCCCAAGAAAACUUUCAACCCUGAGACCUGGGACUUCUCACCACAACCCCUGUGUUAGCUGCAGAUUAAUGUCUAAAUCCCUUUUAAUAUUCUAGAGCUCCAAGAUGUGAAUUUCAUAUUGUUUGUGAGCCUCCUGUUUUUCCAAGCUGACACCUGUCAGGAGCACCAACAGCCCUAACAUUAACUAAUGCAGCAAAAUAAUGGUCGGAAACACUAUAGUAUAUAGUGUUUGGGAGAUUAGGGAGGGAUUUUUUUCUUUUUUCCCCCAUAAAAAGCUUGCUUCUCCCCCACCCCACAAUGCCUUUCAGAAAGUCUGCAUCUCAUUUUACAGAUAUUUAGUUUUAGUAUUUGCAAAUAUAGCUUAGGAGAUUGAGACUGGUAGCAAACGAGUUUAUUUUCUGCACUGGACUUUAGGACAAGUGUGCACAGAUAACAAUUCCUUCAAAGAAAGUGAAACAUGGUAAAGCAAAGGGAUAAUACUUCUACACAUUAAAACAGUUGUUUGCUAUCUCUAAACCUUGAUUUAAGCAUAAUUAUAUAUUUUUUAGAAUUCUGAAACUGGAGGAAUGUGUAUUUUAGUAAAGUUUGUUUGUUGAUGUAUUUCUUUUCCUUUACCUUUUUCUUCUCAAGUUAGUGAAAAAUUUUGAUCCUUUAAUUUGGUACUGUCCAUGGGCAUUCUAAUGAAUCCCCACCACCACCAUAGUUAUUUUCCCCUUAGCAAAAAAGCCUUCUAUCUUACCAUCAAGGAGUUGUUCCUCCAUGAAAAAUCUUUGUUUUUCUAAUGGCACUUGAGAACUUUGAGGACAGAAAUUCUCUCUAUGCUUUGAGCAUAGAAUAGUUAAAAACUAUUCUUUGAGGAAGAAAUCCUUUUUGCCCAAACUAACAGGUUUCCGGCCAAAGAAUGAGAAUUGAUUGCAGAUGAAGGUCAUGCAUUUUAUACUACAAAUCCUUCUUGUCUUCUCAAAUCUUUUCUGGAAUAAGGAUAGAGAUAAAUUAAUUUAAUUCAAUUGCCCUGCAGAUGUUUCUUAUUAGCAACUAGUGCAGAAUACCCAGCAAAGAAAAAGAAAGGGUGCUAAUAAAAUGUCAAACUCGGUUGAUCUAUAGAUUUUUAUAAUUAUAUGGAUUUCUUUUAUCUUAAUUUCAAGACUCUGUGUGUUCAUGAGGUCUGAAAUAGAAACUUCCAUUUCUCCAUUGCUUCUCAUCUCACCCACCACCCAGGCACUGGAGAUGGUCAUAAGAGGGAGAUUGUAACUGCAUCACUAGUACUUCACCUGUCCACAUCCCAUCAUCGCAGAGGAAGAAACGUUUAAGUGAGAAACUAUUUUUUUUAAAGGAAAUUUUAGUCUACAUUUGAAUACAUACUGUUUUUCAACCCAGUUUACAAAUAGGCUGAUAACCUUUUAAUAACCUGUCUAUUGUCCUAUAAUUUACAUUCUUGGCUCAAUCUUUAAAAUAGUUGCAAUUUCAAUUAAGUGAGCAGAGACAAAGCAAAGAGAAGAAGCAGGACAGUGUGAUGGAAUCAAAUUCUAUACCAUCCUGGAUUGCUAAAGCCAGCUUUCAGGAUUACCAGAGGAACUUGUUGAAACUCUUCCUUGUCAUGGCUGCCUGUCAUGGUCUGAUGAUAGUUCAAAGAGUUAGUAUGAUAACUACACUUAAUUGAUUCAAGACUUCUCUGAAUGCUUUAAAACUCAUCUAAAAAGUUUGUAGAAACCCUUGACUAUUCGUAUACCUAAUCUGCUUUCCAGGGUACAUGAGGAGCAUUCAGGAAGAUAACUGAAAAUAAUGGCUUAAAUUUGAAGUAAGAUUUUUCUAUAAACUGAAGUGUAUUUUUGUGUAUUCUAGGAGAAUCUUUGCAAAACAAAGAUAGUUACUAUACUUUUGCUAUCCUUGGGACAAAUCUUGAUUUGGAAUCACUUAUAGAUUUGUCGUAGAAAAUUCUCAAAGAUAUUUUCAGCAGUUCCUUAAGUCCCAUUGAUUUACACUUCAAUUUUCCUGAGGGAACUGCUAAGCUAUAAAUUAAGGGUAAUUUGCAUAUAUCUAAUUAAAAUUGGCAUUUGCACUAUUGUUGAAAGAGUUAUCAUUUUCAGAGUACAUGAAAGGAGGGACUUUUAGUAAUCCUCAUCCUGUGUGGCAAACGAAGGUGAGAAGCUGAUGAUAGAGAAAAUCAGUGAUACUUUGCUGACCCCAGUAUGCCAUGCUCCUUUGUUUGUACAAUCUAUUCUAAACUGCACAGCGAUUCACCUGAAACUCCCAGCACAUGUGUGGGUCUAAGCAGACAAGCAGGUUCACAUUCGCAGAGUAGCAAUUCAGACAAAGUGAAGAGACAGAGUCAAAGGCAAACAUUUCUCCAGAAUCACUCAUAUUGUCACAUCUCAAACUGAUUCUAGAUUCAUCUUAAGCAAGAAGUAAGCUCCUUAAGAAAUCCUACUAUGAAUGUUUUUUUUCCUUGCUAAAAAAUACAAGAAGUGAUACAAUGCUGUAUCUUCAUUUUGGUGUAAUAAUUAUCUUUCAUAUUUAAUAGUUGUACUUUUUGCUUGAGUGUGUCAUUGAGCUAUUUGAACCAGUUUUCAAUCCAUUAUCCUGAGAGGGGACUUGAGAAUUUCUGUGUAUGUGUGUGUAUCUAUAUCUGUGUGUAGUCAGGGAAAAAAGUGAAUAGAAGGGGAAUGAAACAAGGGGAAAAGUGGUCAAUGUAGGAAAAUGAGCACUCUUAGUGCUCUCUGUGUUAGGUAAGGUGACUGUUGCCUAUAACCCUUGAAGAGGAGCUGAUUGUACUAUUCAAAAAUAAGAGCCCAGCAUUGUUAAAUUUAGGACCUGUUUUGGGAAACAGGAAAUUUUUGUCUUUUUCUGUACCCAUUUCCCUUAGUAUUGGAGCCAUUUGACAUGAUAAAAACCAUUAAAUAAAAACCACUACUGACCUUUGCAUUAAAUAGCUCUUUUCCUCUUCUAAAUAAUACCCCUGAUUUCAUUUGACUACUUCCCUUUAUUUUCUGGCUAUCAGCUUCAUGUUUUACAGAGUAAUACAUAGGUUCAUGCUAGUUGUUUCUCUCUUUUGAACUGAAAACAGGGACAACAAAAGAGAUGAUUCACAGAAGUGUAAGGUGAAGUCUGAAUUUCCCACUUUUGUAGCACUGAUAUCUAUUAGGAAGAGCUGUUUUGGGUUGAACUUUGAGUCCCUUUUUUUUUUUUUUUUUUUUUUUUGCACUAAGUAUGACUGACUGCACUGCACUGCACUACUGAAAUGUAUUUACUUGUGCUGGGAGAAAGUGUGUUAGGAAAGAAAGAGGAAAGGUAUAAAAUGAGAAACAUCGCAAAAAAUGGAUUAUUUCCAUGCUUGGUCUUAGGAGGAUUAGUGAGAAUCUGUGGAAUUUUGCCAACCCUUGUUCAAGCCUAGAAACUGCCACACUGAUAAAAACUUGUUUUCUUAUUGUAAAGAAGCUGGUUUGUACAGCAAACAGAGGGUGUUCAAGAAGAAAUUUACCCAAUGUUGUUUCCAGCUAAGCUUUUCAUUAAGAGUCGAGAUAGCAAGGAAGCUGGCCAGCUGAAUGUGGAAGUCUUCAUCACGAAGCCCUGGCUGGUGCAUGUUUCAGUGUGACAGAGGGCAGUGGUACCUGCUCCUUACAAUAAAUAAAUAACCUUGUUCACAUUAGGAUAUCCUUUCACCCUGAUACUUUUCCAUCCCUGGGUGAAACCUAGAUUAAGCUAACCAAAGAGGAAGGUCAUGCAUGUGGUAGAGUCCUUUAGGAUGACAUAAGGGAACAGUGCAAUAAACACUGAGAACAGUGAGGUGAAAGGUUUAUUUUGAAACAAGCUAGGCCAACUUUAAAAUUGGAGAAAGGGUUGGAGGACUGAUCAGAACCAACCAGAUGCUCCAUCACAGACUAUCCUUAGUAAGAAGAGACCUUAACAGUGCCUAAAAGUUUAGCUUUGAGGUUUCCUUUUUUUCCUAACUUUUCUUUGUUGGAUUUAUUUUUAUUGGCUUUUUUAAUCUUAGAAGCAAUCAGUUUGACAGCUCUUUAGUAAUUCUUAAUAAAAGAAUCUUUCAUCACAGGAAAAGCAAUAGAUUGUGUGGGGAAUAAUGAUACAAGAGUGAAGAUGCUGAGGGACUCUUCCAGAACCCAGGGUGGCAGCUUUGGGAAUUUUUGGUUCUGGAAGAAAAGAUCACAACCUGUAUUGACAGCUAACAUUGAAUUUCUCUGAACACUAUCACAUGGGAGGGCAUCAAUUUUGAAAACUCUCAAUUGAGGCCUUCUUCCUAAAAUAACAACAUUGAUAUCUGUCUUUUUCUCUCUCCUUCUUACCAUCCGUCCAAGUCUACCAUUCCAAGUUAAAAAAAAAAAAAAUUUAAAGAAGUUGUUAGCCUUGCUGGAGAUCUUUCAGAACUAACAUUAGCAACCCCUUAAGAAUUCAAGGCAUUAUCUCAGUUUUAAAUAAGAAACUUUCAAUUCAGAGCCCUUAACAAAUACAUACUGGGUAAGCACUAAGAGGACAUGACUACACCAAACCAAAGCUAUGGAAAGAAAUAGUUGACCUUUUAAGAUAGACUCAUAUUAACUGUUCUAGGAUACUUCUCUUGAGGUUUUGGGGAAUAACUUCUUCCUUGAAUCUUGCAUACCCACUCCAGUUCUGUCACCAAAGAUUUUAAUCUCCAGAACCCAACCUUCUCUCUCACAGACAAAAGUACUACAGUAGGCUCAAGGGAUAUGCUUUUGGUGGUCAAGGGAUACUACUUUGGUUUUCCUUCCAUUCACAGUGCUAUUAACAGGAGACCUUGUCACUGGAGGAGCUACUGAAUUGUCUUUAUGACUUAGGGUUUGGUGAGGGGUUUUAAAAAAUAGAAGAAAAAAUACAAGCUAGUACUUGACACUGUUCACUGUCUUUAGUAGUCAUGACCUGGAGACUGAUGGAGAGAAAGAAACUUCCAAGGAAGAGAGUGAACUUAAUCUUUGGAUCAUUAGUGAAACAUAAGGCAGCAUGUGUGUAAGUACAGGUCGAGGCUCUGCAAGGUCAGGGCCAAUAGUAGUGGCCAAUGAAUGCAAGUCUUGAAAAACCUGGGUCUAGGUUUUGGUGUGGUUGCUGGAGUGAUUGAAAUGCCCAAGCCCGUGGCAAGGAAAUGCUUGGAGGCUGAUCUGUUGUGAUAGUGCCUUUCUUGUCGUAGCAAGUACUAGAUUAAUAAUUUAUUCACUUAUGCUUUUCUGGACCAUUGCCCCCAGUCUUCUGAGGAGGUCUGAAGGGAUAGUAUCCAUUUAAGAUGAAGGGAUAGGAUAUUGCUCCUGGAAUGCUGUGAUUUGCUAAUAUUUGCACUAGAUUCUAAACUCUCCUUUAAACUGGAGCAACUGAAUGAGAGAAAAACCAAGGACAAUUCAAAAGUUUAAAAAUACCAAAAGCAGUAUUUUCUGACUAAUGCCAUUUCUUCCCUUCCUCUUCUCUUCUCCUUCCUCCUCCCUUUCCCCUUCUCCUCCUCAUCUUCUUUCUCUUUUCCUUCUCCUUCUACUGGAAGAAAACUUCACAUUUGUUGAUUACCAAGCUAAAUUCUUACCAAUUCUUUUCCUUCUUUUAUUUUUUCCUGCAAUGCUCCAUCAGUGUGAAUCAGCCACCAAUUAGGAUGAGUUAGUGUAAAGAGCCUUUGCCAUUACAACUUUGCUCAUCAAGUGCAGGCACCCAUGGCCAUCCAGUUCUUAGGAGGCCAGCAAGCAUGAAUAUUAUGUCAACAGCUGAGCGGACACGUAUUUGGUCAGAAAACAUUGGGGCCUAUAACUCAUCCUAAAAGAUGCUCAUAAAGAAGGAAACCAAUGUGUCAAAGCAAACAGAUGAAGGUAGUGCCUAAGGUUUGGCCAUUUUCCCCCUCUGUGUUCUUUCCCAUCUUACUACAGUGCCCUCUCUAUCACAGUUGGUUUCAUCUCAUAUGUAUUACCAGAAAAAUUCUUUGGUUCCUUGGUUUCUCUCUUUAUCAGUGGGCUGGGAACUCCUCCAAAAUUAAAAAGAAAUAGCAUUAGCAGCUCCCCAUGACCAGCCAGUUUCUCAAAUACUAUCCACCUGGUCUCAUUGAGCAGUGGAUAUCUCAGCUAAGAUGACUUGGAAGCUUUGACAGGCUCAACCACCUGUCUACUUUAUUUUCAUUUCUAUUUGAAUUUUGAAUGAGGCUAUGGAAGGGUGGGAAUCAUGGGAAAGGUUUGGAGACUGCAAUUCUGGGGCAUAGCGUGUCAGGAGUUUAUAUUAUCCAAAAUAUAUCCUUCUAUACCUGUUUUUGGUUUAAUCUGUUGCCCUGAUUAUCAUUUCUAUUACAUUUGUGGUUAUUUUUGUAAGAUUAGAGUCCAUUUACUAUGUCUAUUUGAGUACUUUUUUUUCUAUUUUCCCCACAUGGAUGCAGUACCAACCUGUUAAUGAAAUAUCUUUUUAUUAUAUUAUUAAUAUGUAAUUCUACUGUAGACCAAAAAUAUAAAAACAAAAUUGUUCAUUUUAAAGAUAUAAAUAACUAAUGAGUAAGAGAUUAGGAUUGAAAGAAAAGACAGAAGAGCAGUGGUCAACUAUGUUGAGUUAGAAAUCUAAGAGUAGCCUUACCUAUUUUUUAAACAGUGCUUGCCAAUCAUACCAUAGUUGGGAUUAUAUUAUCUUGGCUUCUUCAUGCUUAUGUUCUAUAAUUUCUUGUUUGUUUGUCUGUUUUCUUUGAUGUAAUUGAGGUUGUACAUCAUGCUAUUUUUGGCAAUGCCUGAUUUUAUUAUAUUGUACUUUUAUCAAGUCAUUUCUUUUAGAAGAAUGAGGGGAAACAUUUUAUUUCUUCUUUAAUUUAAAAUUUGUUUAAUGCACUGGAAAUAAAAUUGGACACAUUUCACUGUUUAAAAAUCAGAAACAAAACAAAACAAAACCAUGAAGAAAAAACUAGCAAGCAAAUAAGCAACAGGGGGAAAAGUAUCAAAAAAAAUCUGUUCGUACUGAAUACGCAUACGAACUGCAUCCCACAUGAAUGCAGUAAAUAUCAUCAAGAAAGAAAACCACAUAGUCUAAACUACAAUGCUAAAAAUAUUAAAGGAACCUGGGUUCAAUGGGAGUGGAGAAAAUAGGGCAUUCCUUUGCAAUCAGAAAUCUUGUCAUUGUUCCAGUUAAUACCUGAACAGGUUAAAUGUGGAAAAGAUUAUGAAGGAAAUAACCUCAGCCUUCCUCAUACCACUGAAGUUCUGAGUUACUUUUUAUCAUAGGCUUCAGCUCCAUUUUGAGAAGAAAACAACACACACACGCACACAUACACAUACAAUGUGUGAUAAAGUAUUUUGUAUGUAUGUGUACCAUACACCUAUGGACACACUUCAGUCCUUUGACUGCCUAUGCGCUACCUCACGCAUUUCUCUUUUGUGAGGAUUUUGCAGAGGAAGGUCCUGCAACAUGGGAGACCAUUAAUGACUCAUUGAGCAUUGACAUAUGCUAAAGAUGUUCUUGAUCCAGCCUGGUCUUCUUCAGCGUUCCCCAAUACCAACAGGGCUGGUUAACCCAUAUGAAUGUGCCGUGGAAGGAAGGACAGAGGUAUUUCUCUUAAUCUACCAGCUACAACAUUUGUUUAAUGUUUGCUGGGUUUUUCUGGGUUUUGUUUUGUUUUUGAAUAGGGGUGGGAGUGGAUGUAACUUCACAAUCUUAAUACAGUAAAUGUUUUGCAUCUUCCAUGUUUUAUGCAAAAACAGACAUUUAAAUCAAUAAAUAAUUGUGCCCUAGACUGAAAGUUAAUGUUUAGGAGAGGAAAAUAAUUGUUGGAAUUUUUUCUACAUUUUUUUGUGAAGAAUCUUUUUUGGAAAGGAAGGAUACAUAUUUUUGUUGUGUAAUAUUUUCUAUUUUUGAAUGCAUUUUAUUGGUACAAGACUGUUUUUUUGGUGAAGACAUUAUUUAAAAAAAAAAAAGAAAAAAACUAAUCGAAAAGUUUGCCCUUAAGGAUAUGCUGCAGUUUUGAGGUUAAAAAAAAAUAACUGAUUCAAGAUGCGUGUUAAAAGUUGGGAUUAUAUUGUUGUUUUUUGUAAUUGUUACAAGAAGAAGUUUGUACCCACUGCUGUUUAUUUUGUUUCAGAUGAGUAAGUAAAGGGAUUGUUCUUGUUUUAUUCUUUUUUUAGAGAAAAAAAAAAGCUAUUUAUGAAAUGUCAAAAACACUGGACUGUGAGUUUAAGUGUGGAAGCAUUUACCACCCUGUGUCUUCAACCAAUUAUGGGAAACCCCUUUUCUCUUCCCCUCCGCCUUAGCCUUGCCAAAUGAGAAAAAUAUAACAGCUCUCAGAUGAUCGAAGCCACCGAAGCCCUGCUUUAAUUUUUAUGGUUUGAAAAAGUUGGAAAACCAAAGUUAAAUUUGUUUCUGAAAUCCCACUGUCCAUAGCCCUUUUUUUGUAUGACAUAGCCGCUUGGCUCUGCCUCUUCAUCUUGGAUCAUUGCCUUCUUAAGGUCUGGGGCCAGCUCUGAUACAAAGAGAGGCAUAAAGGUGGUGAACCUGAGAGCUGAGGUCUCAGGAAGUAAAAUGUGAGUGGGACCUCAGCCUCAGGAGCAGCCACGCUGUCCCAUCCCCAGACGAGGCUGCCGGAGAGCGCACUGCUAACCACGCUCCUUUACCUUCUGCUUCUAAGACUCUCCUGUCACCAUGGCUCUCUAGAAUGGCUCUGCCUUUCUCACUAACCCACAUUCCAUGGAUGGGAGGGGGGCAAGGAUCCAAAUGAAAGAAGGGUGGGUGCUGUGAAAGCACCCCUGCCCAAGGGAGGCAAGGCAAGGGACCACUCAGCACAAGGGACCUUGCCGGCUUCCCCUUUGAUUCUGUAGAUUGUCCAUCCAUCUGCUCACUGUGAAGAUGAAGAGGAAGUGGGCCUUCGGUUGAACAAUAGCUUUUCCAUAUUUUUUCAAAUUGAAAAAAUAAUUUUUAAAAACUGUGAUAUUUUUUUAAAAAAUCAUUUGGCUGGAGGGAAGGGAAAAGGGAAACACCAAAAGCUGUAACAUGAUUAACUGGAGAUAUUUAACUGGGGCACUUUCUAGACCAAGACAAACAAAUUCCUUUCUGGACCCUAAAGCAGCCAAAUCUUGAGACUGUCAAUGACAGAAAGCUGAAGAGAGGCCUCCAUUUCUUCUCUCUGUCUCAAAAUUCUCUCUUGUUCUCUUUUCCAACUUCCUUUGGACUACUGUCCCAAUGGCCCUCAGCCUCCCACUUCAUGUGUGCAAACACCCCCCCACACACACAUACACACACACACACACACACUUGCAAAAUACCAUUUUUCUUAAGGAUUGUGGGACCGAAUAAAAUCACGUGCCUUCAUUUUUUCCUUUUAUAGUUAGAUGAACCUCUUCCUUUAUACAAUGUCUUUUUAAUUUUUUUUUUUUAAUAACAGAGGUUGAAGUGUUAGUGGAGGACUUGGGCAUCAUUUGAGAAGUCAUUUCUGUUUAGCACAUUAAACACAAACAUUUCAACCCUUUCACAACAUUCUUUGGACAUUUAGAGCAUCAAGUAAUCAGAUACCCGAUAGCCUAAAUCCAUUUGAUUUUAGAGCAAUUCCUGAAAUUUCUAUUUCAUAGACUUUAAUCUUAUCAAAAUGAGGCGAGCAAUGGCAGGCUGCCUUGUUCUCCCGACUUGGUGCUUUUGCUUGUGGUGGGGUGGGCAGGGGGGGUGGGAGUGUGGGUAUGUUUAGACAAAGGGUGCAUUCCUAAGACCUUUGGUGCUGAAGGGCCUCAAGUUCCUUUCAGAGACUGUAUUCGACACACUUUAAGUACACACAAAUGAAUGGUAUCACAUGCAAUAUUUAAAUGGAGCAAUGGGAGAGGCUCUUUGAAAUUGGGUUUUGCAUCUUUUUGUGACAUUUUGAUUUCUCUGGUGCCUUAUUUCUACUUGAUGCUGGCACUCACAUACCCACAGGAAACUGACAAAGAAGUCAGCCUCGGGAGUGGGGACUAUGGGUGAUGCUUGAGCACGCGGGGGGCCACAAGGAGGUUGGUGUCAGUUGAUGGGGAAGAAGCUAAACGGCCUUUCUUAGCUGAAGCCAACCAGGGACUGCACAAACCCAUUACAGUCAGAGUUCACAAUUCCAGCGUGCGCACACAACACAUUCAUUCUUUCUCAUCUGAACUUUCCUUCCUUCUUCCUUUUCUAUCUCUACCUUCUCACAAAGGUGCUGCUGCUGCUGCUGCUGCUGCUAAGGUGCCCGAAGUCCAGAAUGCCCAGUAAUCACUCAGGCACAAGCCUGGCACUGCCACGUCAGCCCCUGGCAUGAACAAACCCAGGUUUCUCUUGCUUGGGGCUGAAAACUUUCAGAUUUUUCUCAUCAAAAAUGUUUUCCAAGGAAUCAGUGGGUUACAGUUAUUCUGCAUUGAAAAUGCACUUUAAAAAAAUAAAUAAAAGCUCCAGACUGUUUAAAAUAUACAGAGGGAGCAGGGGAAAGAUAACCAUGUGCUAGUGUCUGAACCCAGUUCAGUUUAUCUCCAGUUGAAACAGUAUACACUAUAUUAUGUAUAAAUGUAUACACAUUUCCUAUAUAUAUCCACAUAUAUAUAGUGUAUAUAUUAUACAUGUAUAGGUGUGUAUAUGUGCAUAUAUACACACAUGCACAUAACAAAAUCAGAUGCUCAUUACAAAUCCAGAUGCUCAUUACAAAACCAGAUGCUACACAAACAGCAGCAGAGGAAACAAGGUUGGACUCUUGCAACAGAUCACAAAAAAUAAAAACAGCUACUUGCAGUGACUUUGGUCAUUUCUGUAGGUUCAUAAGGAAUGGAUUGUAACAAAGAAAAAAGGAACAGUGUUAGUGAAAAAGGAAAAAUGGGCGAAACCAUCUUGAUCCAAUGGGAAUGCAGUAAUGUUCUAUACCAUUUCAUCAGUUAUUUCUUUUAGUCAUGUUGAUUUGAUUUCAGUUCUUGGCUAUUAAAAAAAAAAAGUUAUCAACUCAAGUGACCACAACCAACUGAACAAAACAACUACAGUCAAAGCCCUUUUCAGAGGAAGAUGUCAGAAAUCUCAAAACCCUUGGCCUGGCUCAGAACUACCAUGUGCAAAUCAGUACUCUCUUAAUGUUUGAAAUAAAAACUGAAAAGAAAAAAAAACUUUUCGAAGCACCUUAAUGUGGCCAUCCAUUUGAGGAGUGGGUGCCACUUUUUUCUUUGAGCACCUUAUUGCCGUGUUUUGCUAUCUGCUGUCUUUCUGUUACCUGUUGGCUGAAUGGCUAGCUGUUAACAUACACAUGUGCACAGACCAGAUACCUGGGCAUGUGUGUUCUCAAUGAAGGUUACUGUGGUGACUGCUGAAAGGGGAACCCAUUUCCUGAUUUUCCCACCACAGUGUUGUGAUAAGAUUCAAAGAAACUCUUUUCCCUGCACAGAAAUGUUUCUUGUCACAUUGUGUCUUAGUAUGAAAUGGAAUAUGGUCCCUUUUUUGCAAUUGCUACUGUACACACACACACAAACGCACACACACACACACUGUAUAUUCAGACCUAAAAUACACACACACUGUAUAUUCAGACCUAAAAUACACACACACACACACACACACACAAUUCAUUUAUCCAAGUGAUAUUUCCAAUGUCCGUGUGGGUGGCACUGUAUAUGCAGCUUCCAUUUCCCAGUGCAUUUUGAAUGGAGGGAAACUUUUCUAAUCAGAAUGUCUUUUCAGACUGAACACCAACGAAUUGGGGAAGAGUUUGGAAAGAGAGGAAAGGAAAGAGAGCUUUAAAUUGAAAGAAUAAUUUCCUAAGAGGAGGCUGGGCUGAAUGACUGCAGACUCUACCCUUCAAUCUUUGCAGGCGGGCAUGGAACAUUGCUGGUACCAAUCUGUGUGCUGUAUAAAUCCAUGGACUCACACAUCCAUCCAUCAAUAUGUACAUGGUUUGGGAUGAGCAGGUCAAUAGUUUUGAGAGGGAGUUUGUUCCUUUUUUUUUCUCAUUAUUCUCUUAACUUGUCGUCAGUUAUCAAACAAACAAACAGAAAAAAAAUUGUUUUGAAAAACCUUGCAUACGCCUUUUCUAUCAAGUGCUUUAAAAUAUAGACUAAAUACACACAUCCUGCCAGUUUUUUCUUACAGUGACAGUAUCCUUACCUGCCAUUUAAUAUUAGCCUCGUAUUUUUCUCACGUAUAUUUACCUGUGACUUGUAUUUGUUAUUUAAACAGGAAAAAAACAUUCAAAAAAAAAAAAGAAAAAUUAACUGUAGCGCUUCAUUAUACUAUUAUAUUAUUAUUAUUAUUGUGACAUUUUGGAAUACUGUGAAGUUUUAUCUCUUGCAUAUACUUUAUACGGAAGUAUUACGCCUUAAAAAUACGAAAAUAAAUUUUACAAGGUUUCUGUUU